CAGCCUCCAUCACCGCUGGUCUCUGCAAACCGCCCAAAGCAACAAAAAAAAUGGCUCCUUUUGAGAAAUCCAUGGAGAUGAUGCCCUUCAAGCUGAGGAAAUGCCUCGAAACAAGAAAAGAUGAAGUGUGCAGUAUCCGGUCUAAAUUCCCCAACAAAUUGCCUGUGAUAGUGGAACGUUACAUCCGUGAAAAGACUCUACCCCUGUUAGACAAAACAAAGUUCCUGGUUCCUUUUGAGCUCACCUUGGGUCAGUUCCUGUGCCUGUUAAGAAAUAAGAUUGCCUUGGAGUCCACCCAGGCUCUGUUCCUGCUGGUAGCAGAGAAGAGCAUGUCCUGCAUGUCCUCCAGCAUGGGGGAGGUUUAUUCCAGCCACAGCGACACAGAUGGCUUCCUCUACAUCACCUACGCCUCCCAAGAGAUGUUUGGAGCACCUCAGCCAGCAGUCAGACCGCCCUGCUGAGCCUGUAGCACAUAGAAUGAACUGAACCCAGACCAAUGGUGGUGACACUACACGACUGAACGGGACAAACUGAGCCGAGGCCAGACUGUUUCUGUCCUGUGUUUUUUAGCCCCAAACUGCAGAUCCACCUACCUCAUGAAGCUCUAAGGACUGUCUGUAAAAUUCUUCAACCCACGUUUUUAUAUGCCCUGCCACUUCAGCCAGCCAAAAUUAGACUGUGGUGGACAAGACUCACCAAGUUAAAAAAAAUAGUAGAAAUUGAUGAAGAGGAAACACCAGACUCUUCAUGUUUCGAUCAUUUGUUGUUGUCCAAAAAUCUGGAAAAAAAGAUAAAAUUGUGAUGUUGUAUUAUUUUACGGGUCAUACAUUUCAACUUGAAUUUUAGUUACUUUAAAUGAAGUCUAGUUUCAAUGUGAACAAGCCUGUUUUCACUGUGCUUCAGUGUAAAGCCGCCACCUCCUUUAUAGGCUACACAAACAGAGUGAAUCUAGCUUCUAAUCAGACUCCUUCUAAGCACUUAUCGCCCUUCCCUCCCUCCUCCCGCGCCUCUUGGUUCCCUAUUCUCUCUGACAAUGUGAAACUGUGUCUCUGACUCUUAAGGUACUCUCUGAA